GGCGGACUCAACUAGAAAACGAGCCACAAGAAAUUGUGGCUAGGAUUCUUCCUGUGGCUACAUAUAUUAGGUACCUACCUAAGGUUAGGUACCUAUGAAGUUACAUCCAUCCAUUGCAAGUGGCUAUUGGUUGUUACGAGCUUGUGGUAAGCCUGUAAGGUUCCAUAUACCAUCAAUAGGGACCAAUAGAAUAUCCAUUCAAACCCCGUUAGUAUAGCAGUCCGUAUAUGACAUGACACCACCUAAUACCACGACUCUAAUGACCACUACUCGCUUCCUAACCUUUCCUCCGAGUUCGCUCGACAACGGACCCGGACCCGAGGACUCGCGAUCCCGUGAUAUCCUCAUAUUCUUCAUCCCCGGGAAUCCGGGACUCAUUGAGUACUAUGAGCCCUUCCUAUCAACUCUCCGAGAACUCCUAGAUGAGGCGAAAUCACUUGAGCAUAUACGCUUUCACAUCUACGGCCAGAAUCUAGCCGGAUUCCUUGACGAUGACCACGAACCUUUCACUUCGCAGAGGACACCGUAUAACCUCCAGGACCAAAUCCAGCAUACGCUUGCAACCCUAAAGAGGCUACGCGUCGACUUAGGACCGCGCAAAGAUCUUCCGUACGACGAGGUUCUACUCAUUGGACAUUCCGUAGGUAGUUAUAUUGCCCUGGAGCUCUUUCAUGAGCUCUUACGCGACCCGGAUAUAGCUCCGCAUUUAAAUCUCGGUUCCGGAAUCCUCCUAUUCCCGACUAUCCACCAUAUAUCAAACUCUCCAAGCGGGAAAAAACUUGACUUGCUACGCCGAACUCCCAUAUUGGGCGACAAUGCCUACCGGAUUGCGCAGGCAUUCCUGCACCUGUUACCCCAAGGAGCCCUCCGGUGGAUCGUGCGCAGCGUAAUGGGAUUCCCCGCCCACGGAGCAGAAGUAACAACGCGUUGGCUCAAGAGCCGGGACGGGGUAUGGCAGGCGCUGCAUAUGGGCAUGGACGAAAUGCAAGUCAUCGGAGAGGACCGCUGGGACGAAGAAUUAUGGGAAAUCGCUCACGAAGCAGAGACACAUGACAAGGUCAUACCGAAAUUCUUUUUCUUCUUUGGCAAACACGACCAUUGGGUUGCAAAUCACUACAGGGAUGACUUCAUCCAGAAGAGACAGAAGCAAGUCGAACGCACGAGACUCAUAGUAGAUGAAGGAAACAUCCCUCACGCGUUUUGCAUAAGACAUAGUGAAGUCGUCGCUGAAAAAGUGAGUUUGUGGAUUAACCAGAUAUACAGUCCCAGCUAGGAGAGAGAACUGAAUACGACAAGAACAUCUUAAAGCAACAACCAUCUUGAUGGGGAAAGCAUCCGUGAUUUAGCGGGAAGAAGAUCAACGAAAUAUACGAGUACCUAGGUUAUCUUUGACCACGAUACACCAUUGCCAGAAAGAAUUCUUAUUAAGCACCUAAGACCAGCCUUCACAACGACAUUGAUAUAGAAAUGCAGAGAGCUCUAGAAUAUAAACAAAGUUCUAGAUAAUUCACACCUAUAGGGACAAUAGAAAGACCGAAGAGCAAAAUCAACUUACCCCAAACAUAGACCGCAAUAACAGAAUAGAAGACAAAACAUAACACAAAAGGACCUAU